AUGACUUCAGGAGACAAACACGUCUGUGUUUCCGGAUUUAAAAACUUGAAGCAGCAACAUUAUGACGAACAUGAACAUCAACAAUUGAACCUUUAUCAUCUGGAUCAUGAGGAAGAACGAAUGCUACGCAAAAAAAAAAUUAGAAAAACAUUUUCUUAUGAAGAAUUUUGUCUUGAGGAGCUGGGAUCGGGUGAUGAAGGAAGUAAAGAUGAAUUUGAAGCCAAGGAAGCUUCUAUGAAGGAUACUCAAUAUGUUGUUAUAGAUCCGGACAAAGGGAUAGUGCUGGGAUCGGGUGAUAAGGGAAGUAAAGAUGAAGUUGUAGCCAACCAACCUGCUAAGGAGUGUACUCAAUGUGUUGUUGCAUAUCCAGACAAAGGGAAUAUGGUGGGAUCAGGUGAUGAGGGAAGUAAACAUGAAGUUGAAGCUAAGGAACCUGCUAAAGAGGAUACUGAAUGUGCUUCUACAGAGCCAGACAAAGGGAAAAAGACUGUAAGCCCCGUUCCUUCUCACAUAUCAAUAUCAUCUUAUACAUCAAGUGCUGAGGAGAGGAUGGGAGUAGAUUCCCAAGUCGCUAAUUCCCAUGCCUUAAAUGAGUGGAAAUGGACCCGAUUGAUCAAGAACGCAAGAAAAAUUAGAAAAGACGUUUUUCAAUUUCCAGCUUCCGUUAUAAAGAAGUAUUUUACGGAGCCACAUAGUUCAAUUAUAAUCUAUGGCAGUGGCAUGUGCGAAUCAUACCCUUGCAAGUUAAAGACUCAUAAGGAUCCAUAUAAGAUGGAGAUGUACAUUUGCAAAGGUUGGUACGAAUUUGCAGAAGCACGAUGUUUGGGUAAAGGUGAUAUCUUGAAAUUCACCAUUGAGUACCCUCCUGCAAGUUGUUUGUCGGUGUCAGUUGAUAAGAAUUGA